GUAGCGACCCCGGAAGUCCUCACGGGUACUGCUGGUCCGUAAGAUCUCGUCCCCUGCGCCGCCCCGAGGGGUGUGCUUGCCCGCCUGGCCAUGGACGACACCCUGUUCCAGUUGAAGUUCACAGCAAAGCAGCUGGAGAAGCUGGCCAAGAAGGCAGAGAAGGACUCCAAGGCUGAGCAGGCCAAAGUGAAGAAGGCCCUUCAGCAGAAGAAUGUGGAAUGUGCCCGUGUGUACGCCGAGAACGCCAUCCGCAAGAAGAAUGAAGGUGUGAACUGGCUCCGGAUGGCGUCCCGUGUGGACGCAGUGGCCUCCAAGGUGCAGACAGCCGUGACCAUGAAGGGGGUGACCAAGAAUAUGGCACAGGUGACCAAAGCUCUGGACAAGGCUCUGAGUGCCAUGGAUCUUCAGAAGGUGUCUGCAGUGAUGGACAGGUUUGAGCAGCAGGUUCAGAACCUGGAUGUGCACACAUCGGUAAUGGAGGAUUCUGUGAGCUCUGCCACUACGCUGACCACACCUCAGGAGCAGGUCGACAGCCUCAUUGUCCAGAUUGCUGAGGAAAAUGGCCUGGAGGUCCUGGACCAGCUGAGCCAGCUUCCAGAGGGAGCCUCUGCUGUGGGCGAGAGCUCUGUGCGCAGCCAGGAGGACCAGCUGUCUCGGAGGUUGGCUGCCCUGAGGAAUUAGCACGUCCUUGGCAGGUGCUGCCUCCCCUGCCUGUGAUGUACUGGGGGCUUCUGCCUGGCCGCGUUCCACUCUCUCCAACUCCUCAUAGCUGCCUUGGCUCUUUUCCAACCUGUCAGGCUGGUGCCUCAGAACUGAGCCUUAGGUUGGGCAGCAGGUCUCUGUCCUGGUAUUGAAUUUGCACAAAUGUGUGGUGACUUCUGUGGGUGUGGGCUACAGCUGGAGGAGGGCACACUUUUUAUUUGUCCUCUCCUAUGUGAGGUUGACAGGGUUUGGCCUGCAGAUAUUUGUGGACUUGAGCCCAGUGCUUUGGGGCCUUCAGAGUCCAGUGACUGCACACCUGCUAUGUGCUGUGGCCAGUGAGGGUCAGAGCCAGUCCUUUGCCAGGCAACUCUUGGGAGCCUCUCCAGGGGUCUCCUCUGCAGACAGGAAACCCCAUUGUGUGACAGCCAUUAGUAGGUUCCUGUGGACUUUGUGUACCAAGGUGUCCAGUGCCACCAUACACUGACCUGGGUCCUUUACAAGUGCUUACUCUCCUCCGUCUUGCCAGGGCUGUAGUCUUGGUGUCCAUUGCCAGCUGACUGAGUCUGCGUGGCCUUUCUGUCCCUCAGCUCCUUCCCCAGCCCGCAGGAACAGAACCACCAUCCAAUUUCUAGUCCAGGACCCUCCUAAGAGAAUCUUACACCAUAGUCUGCAGCUGCCUCUGGAAGAGCUCUGGGCUGCUGGGGCUGAGCUGUCUGCCUGAUGCUGACAGGCCCUCUAGCGUACUCAUUCUUGAAUGGCUGGUUCUCCUGUCCUUUUAGACAAAGGCUGCUGUUUCUGCCUUCUCCAAGGGAGAGCCAGGGUGGCUAACAAGGGAGCCUGGGUCAGUCACUUGUGGCUGCUGGCAGAAAGCUCUUACAUCCUUCUGCACUGAGGAAGCCGGCAGCAAGCAGGUACUGACUGGGCAGCCUGGAGACUGUGUACAGAUUGCUGUUUUAUUUUCUGUCUCCUGAACUUUAUUCAUGUUCUUAAAACUCCUGGUGAUUUUGUUCUUUUGCCAAAGUAGAAAGCACAGCGGAUUUCCCAGCCCUCUGUAGGCUGAGCAGUGCAGCGCUGCCCACAGGUUUACACACAAGCUUGGAGACCACCUGUGUUUGGUUUCUUCUGUUCUGCACUUUGGAGCCCUUGAGUAUUCCACAUUACAAGUUGAUGUUAUAGGGGCUGGAAUUGUUGGCCCUGGAUGUGGGGACCACGAGGCUUUCUGAAAUCAGCCUCCUCCUUGAGAGCAGCUGUGGUCUCGGGACCGCCUGUGAGUCCCCUGGGUCCUGGACAGGACAGGAUUUGUGGAGCACCAGUAGGGAUGGGGGAGCCGGGCUGGGUUCAUCAAAGUGGGCGUGUCUGCCUUUACAGUGCUGUCGUAAGUAAUUAAAGGGAUUGCUGGAGAAUG